AUGCACUUGAAGCUGGCAGCUUACUCCUGCUGCCCCCCAAAAAGGAGGGGUGGAAACAGGGAGAGUUCCUGUCCCCGGACGCGCUCCGAGCACUGCAAGCACUGGAGACCGGUCCACCAGCGUCAGGUCUCGGGCAUCCCACCCGCCCCUCAGGGGGGAAGCCGGCUCGCAUCACAGCAGCCUUUCUGGAGAGCACAUCCUGCAGACUACUCAGAGCAGAGAUCCCCGGGGGCCUUCUCACGUAGUAACCCCAAGGGUCCACCCCACUACGGAACAGAAACCCGACGCUACGUUCACAAACACACCGAAAAGGCGUUCGGCCGUCCGCGUCCCCAUUUCUCAGACCGCGCUUUAUGCCCGAAGCCGCCCCACGGAGGACGAGGCGCUGGACGCGGCGCGCUAGAGGACAGCGGCGGCCGCGCUUCCCGGGCCCCCGGCCCGCUGUCCCCCGUCCCCCGGCCCCCUGUCCCCCGUCCCCCGCUCGACCACCUUCCACGCCCCCGCGCCGGGCCCCCCACCCCGCGGCUGGCUCACGCCCGCCCCAGCGGCCCCACGGCCCGGAGCCUCCUAACGCAGACGCAUCACGGCAACGUCCCGCCAAGUUCCGCGGCCGCGCAGCAGCCACCCGAAGGCACGGAGGAAAUGACUUACAUUCCUGGGGAGCGGAGCCAGAGCGCCUUCUCCGGCGGCGCACGCCGGCCCGCACGGCCGCCCGCAGCACCCGGGGAGCCGGCCCCGCCCGAGACGCUGCGCCCGCGGAGGGCAGCGCCCGGACGCCGCCGGCCCGCCGUCGGCUCCCAGCGCCCCUCGGACGGCCCUCCGAAGACGCCCUCGCCCCGGCGUCCACCCUCUCGGCGCCGCCGCUCCGGACCGCGGCCCCGCCCGGCCCCCGAGCCCGCCCGGCCGGCCGGCCGUGCUCGCGGCGUGGGCGAGCCCCGACCUGCGGAGCCCGGCGCCCGCCCGGCCGCCGGCAGGGGGCUCCGCGCGGCGGGCCGGAGCCGGGGCCGGGGCGCCCUCGUACCUCGGAGAGGGUCCGAAGCACAGCCGCGGCUCCCUCAGCUCUCCGUGCCCGCCGGCCCGCCCGCGCGGCUGCCUCAGCGCCGCUCCCCAGCCCGGCUCCUCUCAGCCCCGCGCCGGCCGCCCGAGGAGCGCUCGCGCUCCGCCUGCGCCCCGCCCCUUGAGCUCCGCCCCCGCCCCAAGGCUCCGCCCCAGAGGCCCCGCCCCCGCCCCGAGGUGACGGGGAGACGCACGUGGAGCCCCUCCGGCCCCGCCCCGGACUCAACCAAGCGUCGGGCGGAGGGGUCCGCGAGUCGGGGGCGGGAGAAAGCAGAGGGAACCCCCUGGAUCCUGGGGAGGCAGGGAGGCUGUCUGCUGCCGCAGCAGGACCAGCGUGGGGCGCUGCGACCGGGCCUCCCCGCGGACGGUGACGGCGGCGCGAGGGGACCCUGCAGCCGCGCCCCGACCGCUCCCGGGACCCCCCCCCCUACUCCCCCGCCCCCCCGGAGGCCGUCUGGCUACCGCGGAGGGUCCCCGCGCCCGGGCGCCCCCGUCCUGUCCCGCCCAGCCCUUGGGCGCCGCCCUGGGCGGGGCCGCAGAAAGCCAAGCCCCCUCCGGGUGGCCGGAGGGGCCGGCGGUGGGAGACCGUCUCGUGGCACCGAGAAUCGCGUCGGGAGAGGGAGGCUUCUCUGCUCCCUUUACUUGGUGGCCUCCCCGGCCAGCGUGCGCCCCGGGGCCUGCCGCUGGGGACUGGACCCCGGGGGAGAGGCCCAAGACCCACCUGACACAGGUCCACAAGCUCCAGCCCCUGGCCCGGUGACCCUGGGCUAG